AUGAAAAGGAGAACGAAACAAAAUGAGAACAGUCGCUAUGACUUCAUAAUCAAACUGUUCUCCGUGUCCCUGACGAUUGAGUGCUUCCCUAGCGACGCCUCCUACAAGUGCGACUACCAGUCCUUCUGGUCCUGGACAGCGGCCUGCGUCACAUCGAUUUCCUCAUACUCGACCAUCCGCACGGUGACCCUGACAAAGUUUGGAGACUCAGUGCCGUCUACGGAUGCGACGUUCACUGCUUCAUCACUUUAUGUGCUGUAUGGCAGUUCGACAGUUCUGACCCGGUUGACGACGACGGGCAUAUUCUCCUACGUGACGACGUAUAUGCCCAACCGGAGUAUGUGGGCGUUUGGGGUCCCGAUAUCGCCACUGGCUUCGUGUCCCAUCAACAACCACAACAACCAGCACCAGUAG